ACAGAGGGGGAGAGGAAGAGAAAGGAGUAAACAGGCAAAGCUAGAAAGGCACUUGCGAAGGAGGGGAGUGGGCUGAGCAGCAGGGAGGAGGAAAGCUCUCCUUUCCUAAUAAAGAGUGCAUGUGAAAGGAGGUGCAGAUCAGAUUGAGCAGAGCCGUGUUACACAGAGAAAAGAGAGGGUUAGAGAGAUAGAGCGAGAGAGAGAGAGGCAAAGAACAGAAAGAGCAUUGUGUUGCUGCUGAGGAAGAGCCCAUGUCUGCACAAAGAGAGAUGAAAGAGAAGAAUCCCUGGCACACGCCUGUGACCAUCAUCAUCACUGUGAUUGGUGUCAUAGCGAUUGUCGCCUUGGUGACGGUAGGAGUUUUGCAGAACAAGCCCCUCCUCCAAAAGUACAAGUAUGGUAUUGUGCUGGACGCUGGAUCCUCCCACACAGCUCUGUAUAUCUACGAGUGGCCUGCAGAGAAGGAUAACAACACUGGAAGAGUUGAACAGAUUCAUUCCUGCAAAGUCAAGGGUCCAGGUAUCUCCAGCUAUGCGUCUACUCCAUUGAAGGCCGGGGAGUCUCUGAGGGAGUGCAUGCAGGAAGCCGAGCAGCGCGUCCCCAGAAAAAGACACCAUGAGACCCCUCUUUAUCUGGGGGCUACUGCGGGAAUGAGAUUGCUCAAUAUGGAGGACAGCGCCGCAUCGAAUAAAGUCUUUCAGGCUGUGGAGGAAGCCCUGCAAAAGUUCCCAUUCGCCUUUCAGGGAGCAAGAAUCUUAAGUGGCCAGGAAGAGGGCGCCUUCGGCUGGGUCACAGUCAACUACUUGGAUGACCGCCUCAAACAGGGCUUAGAAACCACAGGUGCUCUUGACCUUGGAGGGGCCUCUACUCAAAUUAGCUUUGUAUCCGAUAACUAUGAUGGUUCUGAGUCACCCGACAACUCUGUGACCUUCAGACUCUAUGGAAAUGGCUACAACCUGUACACUCACAGCUUCCUGUGUUACGGGAAAGACCAAGCGCUGAGAAUGACACUGGCACAGCAGACUCUGUCAGGUCCAAGAACAAUACAAGAUCCUUGUUUCCAUGCCGGCUACAAUGAAACAAAGAACUACUCAGUCCUCUACGACAGCCCCUGUGUGUCAAAGAGGAAACCACAGAGUGCUCCUGCAACCUUCAUUCACGAGGGAAAAGGAAACUUUCAACAGUGUCAGGAAAUCAUCAAACGUGUCUUCAAUUUUACUGACUGCAAAUUCAGCCAAUGCUCCUUCAAUGGAGUCUUCCAGCCACUUUUGCAGGGGCCGUUUGGGGCUUUCUCUGCUUACUACUUUGUGAUGAACUUCCUCAAUCUGACGGAUACAUCUAUCCCUCUGGAAACUGUCAGGGACAAGUUGUCACGCUACUGCGCUACCCCCUGGCAUCAGGUAGUGCAGCAACAUCCUGGUGUAAAAGUAAAGUACCUGGCCGAGUACUGUUUUUCUGGCACAUACAUCCUCACCCUGUUGACAGAAGGAUACAACUUCACCUCAUGGAGCUACCCCAAAAUAAAAUUCAUCAAGAAGAUAAAAGGCAGCGAUGCAGGCUGGACACUGGGCUACAUGUUGAAUCUGACCAACAUGAUCCCAGCUGAGGCUCCUGACUCUCCUCCUCUCCCCUACACUGGCUAUGUUUCCAUAGUCACUUUACUUGCAGUGCUGCUCUUCAUCCUCUUCAUUGUCAGUCUGCGACCUCUCUGGCCACGCUGCUCCAAGCAACUGCAGAUCAUAUGAAAACACGCACACAUGUACUGUAUGUAUCAGUGGUAGUGUUGGAAGAAAUGCUGUCAGAAUCUGUGAGUGUGUUGGUGUGGGCCAUUUGAACCAUUUAUGAAUAUAAUCAACUUUAUACUCUGAAGCCCUUGUGAGGGGGUCAAAGGUCAAUGCCUGCAACAAUCUUGCAGCUCAUGUGGACUCAAGGACAUUUCAGAAGGACACAUACAUUCUCUCACUGCGGUGUGGGUUAUGCUUCUCUGGAUGAAGGACAGUUUCUGUCUCUUUGUGUGUGAGUUUGUAUGUUUGAAUCUAUAAAUGUGAAUGUGUUCCUGAAUGUCUGUAUGCACCCACAUCAGUCUGCAUGUCUGUGUCUUGAAUUAUUAUGUGAAUACGAUACUGUACAAACAAA